AAUCAAUGUGUUGCUAUAUUCGGGUGUACACGACCCUGCGGGAAAUAAUCUGGAUUGUCUCAUUUACUAUGAUAAUUACGACGACGAAUGCACUGCACUGGGAGUUUGAACAGGACCGGAGUCCGUUACAUCGUGAUGCAACCUAUCUCGCGAGUUACUAUUGUACACGACACAGAUCUGAGAUUAGUAUGAUACAUCCUCAGGGUUCAGGUUAACAUGGCAGACUUACCAUCUUCACCCGUAACCGAAUCAAAAUCCCCAUUGAUAUUGGCAUUCCCAACAGGCCAUUCUGUUUCCAAUCACAAGCUCCGACCCCGAACAAAAGAAAACACUAGACCCGGCCUUCAAACCGGCCAUAAAUCGUACACCAAGAUCCACCAAGGAAAGGGGAGCCAGCCCGAGCCUCAACUCUCGCUUCUCAGCACCAGAGGAUCAACACCAGAAGCACAAAUCCCGCAGCUGGCAUCCCCAAGCGGGGGCUACUUCAACUUGCCCGGCCUACUGCGCCGAAUAUCCUUCAGCUUGCGCGUCUCCCGCACAUGCUUGCCCUUCUUCUUCUUCUUCUUCUUCUGCUUCUUCGGCUGCGGCUGCGGCUGCCUCUGCUUCUGGGCUCGCACUCCACCAGGAGAGUCGUUCUCCUUGUCGCUGUCACCGUCCCCGCCAGCAGACUCGAGCAUUGCAUCGUCGUCCUCAUUUUCAGGGAUACUCCCCUCGCGGGCCGUCCGCUUCUGCAGCGCAUUCCGGCAGUAGGGACAGUCCUUCUCGCGGGAGCUCUGGUAGGGGAGCUUGCAGGAGAGCUCGGUGCAUUCGGUCACGUGACCGCGGCGCAAGCAGUGUAACUUCACGGUGUCUUUGCAGACGGUGCUGUUUGAUGUUAGCUUGGUUCUGGUAUAUUCGAAUAGUG